AACUUUGUACAAGUGAGAACCUCACACUAUAGCGGAAACUGAAUUGUGAGCUCUACAAAAAUGAAGUAUAUAUUGUUACUUUUUCUGUGUGUUGGUGGAGCUCUAGCACAGGAAAAAGCAGAUUACGAUGAUUAUGGAACGGACACAAAGAAAAAGCCUGUAGAAGAGGUAGAUCCCAGAGGUCAUCGUCCUAAAGGUAGAGAAACCUACUCUCCAGGCCCUGCUGCCCCACCCCCCAUCAGUGGGGUAUCUCGAUACCGUGGACGACCAACUGUGGCACCAGUGGGGAAAGCAAUGCAGGAGAAGGAAGAGUACCAAGAUGCUGGUGGAUGUAACCACAUGUCUGAGGCAAUGGGCGUGAUGUGUCCCACGGGUUGUGAGCUGAAGAAAACCCUCAUUAAACAAGAACGGAAUGUCAGGCCAACUGUAGAUCAACUGAAAAGAUCUGUGGAUGACCUUUUCCAGUCCACCAACUCUGUCCAUGGCUAUGUCAUGGAUAUGUCUUCAGAAGUAGCUCAGAGACAAAGAGUCACCCAGGGCAAUGGUAUGCUGGUUAGUCAGUACACUGAUAGCCUAGAGAACCAGCAUUCUUUUAUAAAGGACGCUGUGGAUGUCACCGUCCCGCAGAACAUCAAAAUCCUACAAGCUGUUCUCGACAAAAUCCGUGAAAAGAUUCAGCGCUUGGAAAAAGCUAUCACUGUUCAAAAGGCCAAUUGUGCAACACCUUGCAAGGUCAGCUGCCCAAUUCCUGUGGUGUCUGGUAAAGAGUGUGAGGAAGUCUUCCGCAAAGGAGGCGAAGAAUCUCAGAUGUAUCUCAUACGUCCCGAUCCACUUGCCACGCCUUACAAAGUCUUCUGUGAUCAGACCUCUCAAAAUGGAGGUUGGCUGGUUAUCCAGAACCGUAUGGAUGGCAGUGUUGACUUUGGCAGGCGUUGGGACGACUACCGAAAAGGCUUUGGAAACAUUGCCUUUGAUGUGGGCAAAGGCUACUGCCAAACCCCUGGUGAGUACUGGUUGGGUAACAAUCGCAUUAGUCAUCUUUCAAAGAUGGACCCCACUGAGCUCUUGAUUGAAAUGGAAGACUGGAGUGGCUCAAAGGUCUACGCUCAAUACAAGCAGUUCACUAUACAGGGUGAGGCCAACAACUACCUUCUAUCAAUUGGUCGGUACUCCGGAACGGCUGGAAACACAUUCUUGGAAGGUGCUACAGAACUGUUUGGGGAGAACCGUACCAUGACCAUACAUAAUGGCAUGACGUUCAGCACAUAUGACAGAGAUAAUGACAAAUGGAUACCUGGAGAUCCUACUAAGCAGUGCUCAAGAGAAGAUGGAGGUGGAUGGUGGUACAACCGAUGCCACUCUUGUAAUCCUAAUGGCCGAUACUAUUGGGGUGGAUCUUACACAAAAAAUAUGGCCAAGCAUGGAACAGAUGAUGGCAUUGUGUGGAUGAACUGGAAGGGCUCGUGGUAUUCACUCAAAUCCAUCAGCAUGAAGAUCAGGCCAUUCUUCACUUAGUAAAAAGACUUCAAAUGAAUGGGAAUAAGAUGCUGUGGUAGAUGUGUUUGUGCAAUUUAAUGCCUCUCAUUUCAUUUACAAAGACGUUUUUGAGAAUUAAUAGGAUGAUUAUGAAGCCUAACAAAAGUUUACAUAAGAUACUAUAUCCAUAACAGAGUGACUUAAAAAAAUAUUUUCUUAUUUGAAGUGUUCAAAUGGAAUAUGUGGAGCAAAAUGCAUUACCAUUAAAUAGAAUGCACAUGCAAACGUGCUAAAUCUAGAUGGAUACCCAAUCCACAUAAUUCUCAUUAAAGAUUACCUGCAGCAAAUUAAA